UUGAGCAGCUCUAUAACAAGAACAUUAAUUAAAGACGUAAAUCAAUCGACAACAAUGGAAGCAUGGCUAGCUCAACUGGAAAUGGAUGUAGAUGCAUCACUUCCAACUUCAAUUAACAACUCUCACCACCAAUUUCAAGAAAGUGAAAUAAUGGAAACAUAUUUUGCUGAGCAACUUUCUGGUACACUUGGUGAAGAUUUCCCUUAUCCUCUUCCCGAUGAGAAUUAUGUCACGUCUCCUAAGUUUGAUUUUGAUUGCCAUCUCACUGGACAAUUUGUAUUUCCUCAAACACCAAACAACAACAAUAACCACAAUUAUAAUAAGGAUAAUGAUAAGAUUCAUAGCUCAAAUGUCCAAGAAGAUAAACAACGAUGCGUGAUUAAGGAAAAGACUAAGAAUCAAGCAACAAGUGGUGGUGCAAAGAAAAAACGACAGCCAAACCAAGUGCAAGAUCACAUCAUUGCUGAGAGGAGGAGGCGGGAACUAAUCAGUCAAUUGUUUAUUUCUCUAUCCAGUAUUGUUCCGGGCAUUAAGAAGGUGGACAAAACAUCGAUUUUAGGAGAGACAAUUAAAUAUAUGAAGCAACUUCAAGAAAAAGUAAAGGUUCUUGAAGACGCAGUUGUAAAGAGGACUAUUGAAUCUGUGGUGGUGGUUAAAAAAUCUCAAUUGAUGGUAGAUGAUGAUAAAGGGGGGGAAGAUGAUGAGUCUUACUCCAUGGCGGAUAACAAUAGUGGACGUGGUAUUGACUCCCAUGAUAAAGGUCGUAAAGACAGUGAAUUAAAUAAUGAAGACGAUUCACUUACAGAAAUUGAAAUUAAGAUAUCUGGGAAAACACUCCUCCUGAGAGUAUAUUGCGAACAAAGAAAAGAUAUUUUAGCUCAGUUAUCUGCGGAGAUAAACAAGCAUGAUAUGAAUGUUACCAAUUGUAGUGUUAUACCAUUUGAGAGUUUCGCUUUAGCCGUUACAAUUGUUGCACAGAUGGAAAAUGGCUCCAACAAGAAUGUGAAAGAUUUUCUUAGAAGUCUUCACUCAGUGCUGCGAUUGCCUAGCCAUCGAGGACAUAUAUCAAGUGAAGAUAAUCACAUAUCAUAACUUAUCAGUUGUUUAUCUUUGAACUAUCAUUCUAAAUAAGACCUGGAAAUAUUGCAUACUUUUUCAUUAAUAAGGCAUUUACCUUAAUAAUAAGGUAGUAUCCAGUGUAAAAGUCAAGAUAUGUACACUAAGAUACAAAUAAGAUUUGGUCCAUCUUUGUGGUAACAAUAUUUAUUUGCAGGAAUUAUGAGAUAUCAAUGGAAUUAAA